UGCGCACGGUGUUGUUUAUGUCACGUAUUCCUCGUACUAAAAACAAACAAUAGGCUAUUUUUAUUGACAUGCGAAAGUGCUUCAUCAUGGAGGAUUCAGUGGAGGUCAUCCUUCAGCACAAGAGCUGUGAGCUCUCUCAUCACACCCAGGAAAAGCCACUGAUCACAGCAGCAUCUGGAGCAUUUCUUGCGGGAGUUUAUGGGCUCUGGACAUUAUUUGCACUCCCUGGCUUCCGGAAAGUACCAAUAUGCCUUAAGGUGCCUUAUUUGCCCUCCAGUAGAACACAGACCCAGAAUGUAAUGAAGCUCCUGUGUGGGAGAGAAGGGUGUCUGGCAGAUCUGGGGUCUGGCGAUGGGCGACUGGUAUUUGCUGCCACUGCAAAGGGUUUCCACUGCACUGGCUUUGAAAUCAAUUCUAUUCUGACUGGAUAUGCCAAAGUCAAAUCUAAUUGGAAGGGAAUACCAUCCAGCACUGCGAGUUUUGUAAACCAGGACUUUUGGAAGACCGAUUUGUCCAAAUAUAACAAUGUGACUGUUUUCUUGGCACCCGGAGUGAUGGAGGUGUUGGGUAGAAAGCUGGAGAAGGAGUUACCAGAUGAGGCUCGAGUGAUCGCCUGUCGCUUCCCCUUUCCAGACUGGACUCCAACAGCCACUGAGGGUGAGGGGCUGGACCAGACAUGGGCAUAUGAUAUGAAUGUCAUACGCAAACUUUCAACACAAGCUGCCAUGAAAUGAGGAGAAAAGCCUUUUGUCCCCCCCUCGAAAAACCUGCUUCAUGAUUUAGCACUGCCUGAAAGGUACCAGUCACUUUAAUGUAAAACAUAUAAUAAGAAACAUAUAAUAAUUGUGGAAUUAUGAGCUAAACUGUGAAAUAAAGAGCCAACGUUACACUACUGCCAACAGAACCACUCACACCACCCUUGUCUUUUAAAAUCCAAGAAUAGCAGAUCUAGACUGAAAAGGACACGGAGACAUGCAUUGUUUAUCACACAAAUUAUUUGUAGUAAUAAUGAUUUUUGUGACCAUGGUGGCUCAUUGGUUAGCACUGUCAUCU